UCUGGCAGUCCGGAGUGAACUUUCCACAGAACUGAGCUGAAAGCUGGAGCCAAAAUGAAGCUGCUGCCCUUUCUCUUCUGCCUGGUACUGCUGACCUUCUGCACAGAAGCCAAUCCGGUCAUCAAAGAGAACCUCGCCAAGCAGCUCCUCCGCAGCAAGAGGCAGAAACCAGGCUACCCUGAUGAGCCCAUGAGGGAGCACAUGCUGUAUUUGCAGCGUUUGGAACAGAGGGCUCGUGAGACCAAUCUGGAAAACUGGUUGAACCCUCACUGCUACCCGCGCUGUGACCGUAAUUAUGGUUACCCCGUCUGAACACCCGGCACAGCACACUGAUCCACCACCUGACGACAACGAGAUGGCACGCGGAAGAAGUGACUGGGAAAGGAGGAAAAAUAUUAUCAAGAAAAAUAAACAGCAGUUUACUGCAGAUUAAUCAAAAUUGUAAUAACGUACUUCCCGUAUAUUACAGAGUAUAACCGUGUAAGCGUAUACAAAGUUGUAUAACAGUGUCAUAGCAUAAAUGUUUCAUAGGCCAGUAAAAAACUGUAAUGUAGUUCUGCUAAUAAAUGGCUGUAUUAAA